UAUUAUUUUCAGAGUUCAGAGUUUUGAAUAUAAGCCGAACUGUAUAAUUGUAAAAAAAAAAACACUGGCGGAAUAAAGUUGUAUAAAGUGUGGUCAAAUUUCGUUGGCAUUCACUUGUGUCAGGACAUUGUUGGAUCUAACUGUGUAACAUAUGAAGAAGCGAGAAAGAAGGAUUAAAAUUCAUUUGCGUUAGCAUCAUUUGUGAUUUACAAAGUACAUGUAGUUAAAAAAUAACAUAAAUCAAAGAACCUUGCCUUGGAAAUGAGUCUUCUGCCCCAGUCCCCGAGGGUGGGGCGGUCCCCGCGUUUAAAGGCAAAAUGGCUGUCCAACACCAUGGCUUAUCAGUACGGCAACAACGGAGCGAAGAAGAGCGAGAUUAUCGUGCUCACAAAUGACCUUGACCAGUACUUGCAGGACAUGUUUCAGAGUAUUGACACCAAGGGACGUGGUAAAAUAUCAGCCGAGGAGUUUUACCUCUUGUGUGAUGUCCUGAAUCUCAAGGACACGGACGGUGGCCUGAAGCAAGUGAGUGACCUCUCUUUCAAAGACUUUCACGACCGCCUGUGUGAACAUUUCGCCUGUUACGGAGACUACAUAGGGUUUCUUGUGAAUCAGACGUUUCGAGCUAAAAACAAUAACAACAAUAAUCCAAUUGGAAAAGAAACCAACUCAACUAUACCGGACUGUACAAGGAGGUCGUCGUUCCAAAAGCAGAUGGCCACGUCCAAGAGCCACCAGUGCAUCCAUGACGCGGAACUGUUCAAGAACUGGGACAAGCUGCGGUUGGCGGGCUUCCGGUUGAGCGAGAUGCGUGAACACAUUGACCACCUGCUGUACGAAGUCACGUUCCAUAAAGAGGAGUCUCAGACUCUCAGGGAAAUCAUUGAGGAUCUCAGGACGAUGCUACAGGCAUCCGACGCUCAGAAUAUUGGGAUGCAGGUGGCCCUGAAGCGUCACCAGCGUGGAGGAGCCGUGGAGUCAUCGCUGACUGUCGGGCUAACACCGCCUCGCCUCGGGAGCACCAACAACAGACAUUCCUUGCCGCCAGACACCGGUCACCUAGUGUACCAGCCACUCAAAGGCGAGGAGCGGUCGGUGACAGCGCUAGCCCGGGAACUCAGCCAUGUACGGGAGCUCCGAGAUCGCGAGGUCCGCGAACUCAUCUCUUUCAACAACCAACUGCAGCAUGACGUCACGGACCUGUCACGUGAAAUAUGUCGUCUCGAGGCGGAGAAGAAGCGGCAGGCAGGUCAGCUCGACCUAAUUGUGAAGACGUAUACAUGCUGCCGGGAGCUGUUUGCCGUCUGCGUGGACAGUCUGCGCGAGGUUGAGUCCUCCGACGCCACUUCCGGCCUACCAUCACCGUCCCCGCUCCGCACGCCCAGUCGCCAGAGGACGUUCUCGUUCUCUGGAGCACGGGAUAAGAGUUCCUCCGACAGCCAUCAAACCCCAGCCACAUCAACAGAUAAGGCCGGCGCACCCCUUUGCGAUAUUGCGGCAGACGACAGUUCUCCACCGGAAGUGGUUUUGAUAAGGAGGCUGGAGCACGAGAUAGCCGCGCAGCUGGAGGAACUGAACUCGCAGCAUCAGGAGGCGUUUAGGGUGGAGCAGGAGCUGUCGCUGUGCCGGCGCCACCUGCAAACGGCCAACUUCCAGGUGGAGGCGUUGGAGACGGAGUGUGGACGCCUCCUCGCGCUCGAGGACCAGUUGGUCAGCGUCUUCCGCUUUCUGCAGAAGGGCCGCUCGCAGUGCCUGAGCCGGAAGACGCUUGGACAGCUGCUCCUUGACGUCAUAGACUCGAGCUUCGGUGGCGAGGACCAAGACAUGACGGCGGACCAGUUUAUUCGGAUCCUACAGAAAACGCUGUCCGACUGUCCACUCUUCCUCCUUGCCACGUGAUUCGCGGUUGCCAUGGAAACACACUUCAAGCUGACCAGGACAACCAUGUUGCCUUUCGUUUCCUUACAAUGGACAGUAUACGUUCUGUUGACGCAAGAUUUCGUUACAAUUAUAAUUGUUGUAUCUCUGUAUAGUAUCUAAAAAUUACGUUCAUAUUAAUCUAUGAACAUCAUUAGUCGGCGCCCAGAAGGGCGCCGACUAUAUUUGAUAUUACUUAAGAAAUAUUCCAACUUAGGGACUAGUUCAUAAAUUGCAGAACAAUGCUUUCAAUGGUUUCCACGUUGCAUAAUAAAAUAUAAAGUUUAGUUUGUUUUAUAAAACUUUACACUUUAAUUGAUAAUGAAACCUUGAAUUAUAAUAGCCCUGCUUAUCGUUUUGAUUUUAAAUACCAACUCAACAACUCGGCCAUCUCCGAGAUAGAUACAGGCCGAGGUGUUCCGAUUGAUAUAGAUGAAGGUUACAUGGUACUAUUAAAAUAUCCUUUAUGUCUGUAAACCUCAUACGCAGUAAUCUCCCUUGGUGACAGCAAAAAUGCCGAGUUUUGAAAAAUUAACCUUGAGCUUAUUUGUUUGUUUUGAAAAUGUCAUUCGAAAGAAUGAACUCCAGAUAAUUUCCCUUUGAUAUAUAGUAUUUUUAUCCCCAUUCUAUAUACUCAUAUGAGUGAAAUGUGUUACAUAAACUUGUACAAAAUAUAAAGCAAGGAAUUCACAUAACAUGCCGGUACAAAUAAAAGGUGAAUUUCAUGAUAUUGAAAUCUAUGUAUAAGACCAUUGACUCUAUUUCAUCCGAAGAAACGUAUGUAUAUUUUUGUUAUUAUUCAGUUUUAACCGGAGGAUUAGCUUGGGGAAAAAAUAACCAUAAUGUCCUUCGAGCAUAUAUACACCCAACAUAAAACAAAAUGUUAUCAUUGAAAUAAUAACCAUUUUUGGUUAUCUGCAUGCACGUUUCUCUUCUAAUUACAUUGCGCCGACUUGAUGCUAUGCAUUUUCUUGUUAUAUACUGUAUGCUUAUAUCGAUUAGCGUGGGCAGUGGCGGCUUCAGGAAUUCAUAAGUGUGUGUGUGUGUGGGGGGGGGGGGGGCACGACCGUCAAAGCCCUUCAAAAUCUUAUUUUACCGAGGUAUUCGAAUGGCACGUAUAAAAUCGUUGAAAAUGUUCAACCUUACAUUCAAGAAUGCCUUUAAACAUCUUAUAAUGUGGACAUUCUUAUAAAGUAAAACUUCAUUCAUAAGCCCCGUAAACUCAAUUCUCAGGCCGACUUGGGGUGGGGGCAUUGACCCUUGCCCACGCCUCCGCUA